AUGAAUACUGGUAUCAUCGCGACGCUGCAGGAUCCUGAAACACGCAAAAUAUGGUUGGCUAAUAAUAUGGACAACAUACGCUUCUGGGGUCUGUUUUGCCUCGUGGGAUUGGUGUUAUUCUACAUCUCUUCUGAUUGGGAUUUCUCUAUGUUGCUCACGACCAGCUCAAUGAUCAGUAUGUUUUCAUUCCUGAUGGUUGUGGUUAAAAUAGAGACGUCCAAGUCGGUGAGUGGAGUGUCGCUGAAGAUGUUCGAAUGCUAUACAUUAGUCAGCGCAUGCAGGCUAGUGUCCAUCGUCCCAUUCGAAGGAUACCUACCCUACGAUCGAUCCGGAGAUUGGCUCUACCAGCUCACGGAGGCUAUCAGUCUGUGUCUAGCCGGGACUGUGGUUUACUUUUGCCGUGUACGUUACCGAGCUACUUACGAAGCAGGAGCCGACACCUUUAAGCACAUUUAUCUGCUAGUCAUAGCACUGGUUCUGGCAGGGAUAUUCCAUCCUAGCCUCAAUGCUUUCAUGCCUGCUGAUAUCGCAUGGACCUUCGCACUUUACCUUGAGUCAGUUACGGUAUUACCACAACUAUUCAUGUUUCAGAAGCAAGGAAAA